AUGGUGCUAAGAAAAAAGAAGAAGCAGGGACUAACGGACGACAUCAGGUUGAAACUGAAGGGAAAACUGGAAGAGGCCGGAACCACAGUCGAGUCGGGUGGAAGCAGCGCAGACCGAAGUAAGUACAAAAAAUUAGAAAUGCCACUGUUUACAGGGGUGAACCCUGAAUCCUGGGCGUACCGAGCAGAACAUUUUUUUGAUAUAAAUGACUUACCGGAAGCUGAGAAGGUCAAAGUAGCAGUCGUGAGUUUUGGACAGGAAGAGGUAGACUGGUUUAGAUGGAGUAAUCGUAGAAAGAGGGUGGAAUCUUGGGAGGACUUGAAGGAAAGGAUGUUUGAUUUCUUUAAUGAUACAGGACAGCAGAGCUUGGGGGCAAGAUUAAUCCGUAUUAAGCAAGAAGUCUCAUACAGCGAGUACGUUAAGAAGUUUGUUACAUACUCAGCCCCCCUCCCGGACAUGGCAGAAAGUGUUCUGCUGGAUGCGUUUUUAACGGGUCUGGAACCCUCACUGCAAGCGGAAGUAAUCAGCAGACACCCUCAAACUUUAGAGGAAUGUAUGAAGGAAGCUCAGCUGGCGAAUGAUAGGAAUAUAGCAUUAAAACUGGCGAUGGAAGAGUUGGAUAUAGUUGAGCCCAAAAGGAAUGAGAACAGCAGCAAAUUUCAAGGAAAAAAUGAGAAGACAGAAAGUAAAAAGACAGAGUUUGUGAUGAAGCAGGUAACUAUUCCAUUGAAAAAUGAUUACCAGAAAAAAGAUCUCCCAAUUAAACGGCUGUCGGAUACGGAAUUUAGAGCAAGGCUGGAUAAGGGGCUUUGUUUCAGAUGUAAUGAAAAGUACGCCCCAGGCCAUCGAUGUAAAGGGAGAGAAAAAAGAGAGUUGAUGCUCCUUAUACUAAAUGAGGAAGAAGACCACAAAAGGGAAGAGGAUACAGAGGAUGAGGCAAGCGAAGUAAUAGAACUGAAUCAUCUGGAAUUGAAUAUGGAUAACCCUAUUGAAUUGAGGUUGAUCACGGGAGUUACAUCAAAGGGGACGAUGAAAUUAAAAGGACAUCUGAGCAUCGAUCCGGGAACUCGUUUUGGAGUUACCAUUGGGAAUGACAACCAAUGUGAAGGAAGUGGGAUUUGCAAGAGGGUGAAGGUGAAGUUAAAAGAGUUAACAAUCGUAGCAGAUUUCCUAGCGGUAGAGUUAGGAACGGUAGACUUGGUGCUUGGGAUGCAAUGGCUAGAUUCGACAGGAACCAUGAAGGUUGCCCACGGUUUACCGCCAAGGAGAGCCAUAGACCAUCGCAUUCUGACCGUGGCCGAUCAGAAACCAAUUAAUGUAAGACCAUAUAAGUAUGGCCAUGUACAAAAGGAAGAGAUUGAAAAAUUGGUGUUAGAAAUGUUACAAGCUGGGGUGAUUCGUCCAAGCCGCAGCCCAUAUUCGAGCCCGGUCCUCUUAGUGAAGAAUAAAGAUGGAGGGUGGAGAUUUUGUGUAGAUUACAGGAAACUCAAUCAAGUAACGGUGGCUGAUAAAUUUCCAAUUCCCGUGAUCGAAGAACUCUUAGAUGAACUUCAUGGUGCGACAGCUUUCUCAAAGUUAGACCUUAAAUCUGGAUACCACCAGAUUAGGAUGAGGGAGGAAGAUGUGGAGAAAACAGCUUUCCACACGCAUGAAGGACAUUAUGAGUUCUUGGUGAUGCCUUUCGGCCUUACGAAUGCUCCUGCCACCUUCCAAUCUCUCAUGAACGAGGUGUUCAAACCAUUCCUUCGAAGGUGUGUCCUGGUUUUUUUUUAUGACAUUCUAGUUUAUAGUGUGGACAUAGAUGAACACAUGAAACAUUUAGGAAUGGUUUUUGCUAUCUUGAGGGACCAUGAAUUGUUUGCAAAUAGGUCUAAAUGUGUCAUUGCUCAUUCCCAAGUUCAAUAUUUGGGUCAUCUGAUUUCCAGCAGAGGAGUGGAGGCUGAUGAGGACAAGAUUCGCAGUAUGGUAAAUUGGCCACGGCCGAAAGAUAUAACUGGGCUGAGGGGAUUCCUUGGACUGACUGGGUAUUAUAGAAGAUUUGUGAAAAGCUAUGGAGAAAUAGCUGCACCCUUAACCAAAUUACUUCAGAAAAAUGCAUUCCAUUGGAAUGAGGAAGCUACAAUAGCGUUUGACCAGCUGAAGCUAGCAAUGACAACCUUACCGGUAUUAGCAUUGCCGGAUUGGUCUCAGCCCUUCACAAUCGAAACUGAUGCUUCAGGAGUAGGUUUAGGUGCAGUUUUAUCACAAGAUGGUCAUCCCAUCGCAUUCUUCAGCCAGAAACUGUCCCCAAGGGCCCAGGGUAAGUCGAUCUAUGAAAGGGAAUUGAUGGCGGUUGUCCUUUCGGUGCAAAAAUGGAGACAUUAUCUCCUGGGCAGAAAGUUCACAAUUGUUUCAGAUCAGAAGGCUCUGAAAUUUCUGUUAGAACAGAGGGAAGUUCAGCCUCAAUUCCAAAAGUGGCUCACAAAACUUUUGGGGUAUGACUUUGAGAUCUUAUACCAGCCGGGUCUGCAGAAUAAGGUGGCGGAUGCUCUCUCAAGGAAGGACCAUUCGGUGGAGUUAAAUACAAUGACAACCACAGGCAUAGUUGAUAUAGAGAUAAUAGAGAAGGAAGUUGAAAUGGAUCAAGAACUUCAGAAAAUUAUUGCCGAACUUAAGGGAGAGGUGGAUCAAGGUGGGAAAUACCAGUGGAACAAUGGCAGGCUGCUAUAUAAAGGAAGGAUGGUGCUGCCCGAAAUUCCUCCCUCAUUCCGAGUCUUCUACACACGUUCCAUGAUUCCAUAUUAGGAGGGCACUCGGGAUUCUUGAGAACCUAUAAAAGAAUGAGUGGGGAACUAUUUUGGAAAGGAAUGAAGGCUGAUAUCAAGAGAUAUGUAGAAGAAUGUGACACUUGUCAACGUAAUAAGUUCGAAGCUACUAAGCCUGCGGGAGUUCUGCAACCCAUUCCUAUCCCGACAAGAUAUUGGAGGAUUGGACCAUGGAUUUUAUUGAAGGGCUGCCAAUAGCAGGAGGUUACAACGUGAUUAUGGUAGUCGUCGACCGCCUAAGUAAGUACUCCUACUUCUUGCCUCUGAAACACCCGUACACAGCCAAGCAAGUGGCUUCAAUUUUUUUGGAAAAAGUGGUCAGCAAACAUGGAAUACCCAAGUCCAUUAUUACCGACCGUGAUAAGAUCUUCCUUAGCAAUUUCUGGAAGGAGUUGUUCACUACCAUGGGCACCAUUUUGAAGAGAAGCACGGCAUUCCAUCCCCAAACCGAUGGACAAACCGAGAGGGUAAACAGAUGCCUAGAGACCUAUUUGAGAUGCUUUUGCAAUGAACAACCGAAGAAAUGGGAUAAACUGAUCCCUUGGGCGGAAUUAUGGUAUAACACAACCUUCCACGCAUCCACCAAAACUACUCCUUACCAAUCUGUUUUUGGAAGAACUCCCCCGCCACUGCUGUCAUAUGGAUGGAAGCAAUCUCCUAACAAUGACGUAGAAGUCAUGUUGAAGGAGAGAGAUUUAGCACUCAAUGCACUGGAGGAAAACCUAUGCAUAGCACAAAAUAGAAUGAAGAAAAUGGCAGACCGAAACCGCAGGGAGCUCAAAUUCAAAAUUGGGGAUGAAGUGUAUUUGAAACUACGACCCUAUCGACAAAGAUCACUAGCUCGGAAGAAAUGUGAAAAGCUAUCCCCAAAAUUUUAUGGGCCGUAUGAGGUUAUUGAAGAGAUAGGAGAGGUCGCUUAUCGAUUGCAACUACCGCCCGAGGCCGCCAUUCACAAUGUCUUUCACGUGUCUCAACUGAAACUGAAGUUGGGAAAACAACAUGUAUUCCAGCAACAACAGCCUAUACUAACUGAGGAUUUUGAACUACAAUUGUGGCCGGAAAACGUGCUGGGAAUAAGGUGGAACAAGGAGCUAGGAGGCAAUGAGUGGCUGAUCAAAUGGAAGAACUUACCAGACAGUGAAGCAACGUGGGAAUCAGUUUACCUAUUGAAUCAGCAGUUCCCUCAGUUUCACCUUGAGGACAAGGUGAACUUGGAGCCCCGGGGUAUUGUAAGACCUCCAAUUAUUCAUACAUAUCAAAGGAGGGGCAGAAAAGUUACUGGACAAAUUAAUAAUGAGGAAGGAAAAAGAGGAGGAGAUCCUGCAGGUGGGGCCCAGGCACAGAAAUAAGAGAAAGAUGAGAGAAGGAAUAUAAAUAGGUUUUUUAGGUCUAGGGGAGGUAGGUUUUAUUUUUAUCCUGAAGUUGGCGGCUGCUUAGCCUAGAUGAAUAUCCAGUCUUUCCCUAGAGGAAGCUGGGUUUGUCUUUAUUAUUCCUUGUUUUUCUUGAAUCUUUAUGUUUUUCUGUACUCAUUUUGGCUAUAUAUAAAUAAAGAUAGCAGAGGGCUACCUCUGCUUUUGGCCA